AUGCGCGUGUCUGGAUAUUCCAUGUCGAACGGGCCGUCCAACAAUAUCGUCGAGGAGUAUCUCUCGCCCGUCAACGAUGUUUUCACAGGAGACUUCCAGGAUUUCAAGCGCCUUACUGACCCAGAGAAGCAAGAGGUAAUUGCGAGAGAAGCUGAAGACUAUGGACUGGAGAAGCCGCUGGGUUGGAACGUUUCCUUCCAUUACAACCCACAUGUCGAAUACCACCACUUCGGAAGCUCGCAUCCAAUGAAACCUUGGCGUUUGACUUUGACUAAGCAGCUUGUUCUGUCGUAUGGGCUCGAGUACACAAUGGAUCUCUACGAACCGCGUCCAGCAAGCUACGAUGAGCUAGCUAUCUUCCACGACCGCGAGUAUCUGUCAUAUCUCAGCGAAAUCACACCACAGAACGCCAAGCCUGACGAUAAUCAGUACAUAGCUUAUGGCUUUGGUGGCGACUCGAACGAUUGCCCAGUCUUCGAUGGAUUGUGGAACUAUGUCUCCCUUUACACCGGCGCAUCUAUGAGUGCAGCGUGGAAUCUGCUGAACAAGCAAUCUGACAUAGCUAUCAACUGGUCCGGCGGUCUGCACCAUGCGAAGAAAAAUCUAGCAUCUGGGUUUUGCUACGUCAACGACAUCGUCAUUGCCAUUCAGCUGCUACUAACCCAGCAUCAACGCGUUCUUUACAUCGACAUCGACGUCCACCACGGCGACGGCGUCGAGCAAGCCUUCGAAUCAACUGAUCGUGUGUUUACUCUUUCAUUCCACAAGUACGGCAUCGAUAGACACGGGUGGCCUUUCUUUCCCGGAACUGGUAACAUCGACGAGAUGGGUCCCAAAGAUCCAGCCAACCGCGGCAAAGCACACAGUCUGAACAUUCCCAUCGACGAUGGCAUCGAUGACGACCAAUACAAAUGGUUGUUCAGGACCGUGGCCAGCAAGGUUGUCGAGAAAUACAAUCCUCAAGCGAUUGUCCUACAGUCGGGUGCCGACUCGCUUGGCGGAGAUCGCCUUGGUCGGUUCAAUCUCAAUAUCAAGGCACAUGGCUUCUGCAUCGAAACAGUCAAGUCCUUCGGCCGCCCUCUCGUUCUCAUUGGAGGUGGAGGGUACACUCCUCGCAACGUUGCCCGAACUUGGUGUCACGAAACAGCGGUUUGUGUUGGCACAGAGCUGCACAACGAUCUGCCAACACACAUCCCCUACCUACAGGCAUUCCAGGGCGAGGAGAACGGUGGCGGCAUACUGUACCCCGACCUGCACAACACCAAGCGACACGAUAAUCUGAACACAACGCCACGGCUGCAGAAGCUCGUCGAACAAGCCAUGGAAAAUCUACGUUACAUGGAGGGUGCACCCAGUGUGGUGGUCAACACCAAGGGUAUCACGGAGGAGCAGAUCAUGAAGAUUCGAGAACAAGUUGAGCAGGAGCUGGCGGACGAGGAGGAGGACAGGCAAUAUUCCCUGACUGCGGAGAAGACUCGACGAACGCGAGAGAGGAACGUUGGAGGCAGAAACGAGCGUCGCUAG